UCUGAGAACAAAUCCCAGGAACCCGAUCCACAACAUCCGGGUACUUCCUCCAGGAUACGAGUACGUGUACGAGAGGUUUCCCCUUUCAUCCCGUCUUCUUAGAGAACCUCAAAAGAUUCUCGGAGAUCAGAUUCAUGGACUUCAUGAAAACCAACGCCCAUGAGCCCGAGCCGACGACUUGGACGACACGCCGCAAGACUGACUACUACUCACAACAGGGUCCGUACGGAGCCGCAGUGGAGCAUAUGAUACGCCUGGCAAACACUCUUGGAGCCAACCCCUGGUUCAACAUGCCUCAUGCGGCAGAUGACGACUAUAUCAGGAACUUUGCACUACUUGUAAAGAAGGAUCUAAGGCCUGACCUAAAGGUGUACAUCGAGUACUCUAACGAGGUGUGGAACCCUAUCUUCCGUCAACACGCCUAUGCCAUGGAGCAGGGCACGAAGCUGAACCUGGACCCGGCAGGCUGGAAGGCGGGGAUGAAGUUCUACAGUAGGAGGGCCACACAGGUGGCAGACAUAUGGCGUCAGGUGUACGGAUCCAUCAGCUCCAGGCUGUAUCCAGUGUUCUCCUGGCAGACAGGGUUCCAGGACUACUUCAGGCAGGCUGUCGAUGCUGUGGGCAGCAAGAUCAGCAGCUUCAAGGCUCUCGCCAUCACUGGAUACUUCUCAUGUAACAAAGUAGCCGAUGACCACGGAGCUGAGAUGAUCCACAUGUCGAUGGCCCAGAUACAACAGUACUGCAAGAACGAGCUUCCAGCCAUGCAGAAGUCCUUCGAGUACUUCAUGAAUUUAGCCAAGACGCACCACUUGCAGUUAGUGAUGUACGAAGGGGGGCCGUCAGUGAUGCAGAAUAAGGUAUUUAACGGUGACGCUUCCAACCAGGCCAUCACAGACAAGGCUAUCGCCUUCAACAGGGACAGCCAUAUCGAACAGCCCCUUACAGACGUCAUGAACCUCUGGUAUAGCACCGUCACCCAGAAUACCAGCAAUAAAUACCCAGGCGGCCUGUUCAACUACUUCUCCUACACGUCCACCCCCAGCAAGUACGGCAGCUGGGGCAUCCUGGAAUACACCGGCCAGGACCCCAACACCGUCCCCAAGUUCAGAGCCGUACAGAAGUUCAUAACUGACCAUUACAAAAAUAACGUUCUCGGGCCGAAGUGCAGCUUUGUUAAUAAUGGGGCGCUGGCCUAUGGGUGUUUUCAACACGCGCCCGGGAACUUCCAGUGUGGUCAGACUAGCGACAGUGGCAGGACGUGGAGUACUUACCCAUCUGUGGGUCAGAAGCACAUGGAGUACAUGGUCCUUGACGGAUUCGACCCCCAAAGUCGUCACCUGUAUAUCCGCCACGUGAACACCCUUGGGGCCAACACACACCACGUGUACAACACCCAGACACGGUCAUGGUCGACACAAAACAAUUUUGCCUACUAUCAGCAGGAGUCGUCUCCCACUGUUUUACCAAGAAUGCCCAACGGUGUCUUCGGGGGCCUGAACGCUCAUGCCAGUUGUUAGAAAAAUUGCUUUUAGUUAUAAAUCACAGAAAAAACGACGGGAUAAAUUUUCCUGAAAUAAUAUAAAUAAACCUUUUUUUAUA